GUGGUGAGCUGCGCAUGUCUAAAGGGUGGAGGUGCGCUUGAAAAGGCGGCGCACUGCGGGGGUGGGGCUUCGGGGACUUCAGGCUGUCUCUACUGAGCUCUACCUGUCUGUGAGAAUGGCGGGUAGGGGGAAGCUAAUUGCGGUGAUCGGAGACGAGGACACAGUUACUGGCUUCCUCCUGGGCGGCAUAGGGGAGCUUAACAAGAACCGCCACCCUAAUUUCCUGGUGGUGGAGAAGGAUACAACCAUCAAUGAGAUCGAAGACACUUUCCGGCAGUUUCUAAACCGGGAUGACAUCGGCAUUAUCCUCAUCAACCAGUACAUCGCAGAGAUGGUGCGGCACGCGCUCGACGCCCACCAGCGCUCCAUCCCAGCCGUCCUGGAGAUCCCGUCCAAGGAGCACCCCUAUGAUGCUGCCAAGGACUCCAUCCUGCGCCGGGCCCGGGGCAUGUUCACAGCCGAAGACCUGCGCUAGGGCCCUCCCUACAGCCAGGCAGCUCCUCCCCAGGCUUGCCCUCAGUCCUUCUGUGAGUUUUGAGCCUCUGAUUUCCAAUUCCCGUGCCCCUGCCCACUCCAUUAAGAGGCUAGGUGAGCUGCUUCCAGGUUGCUGGGGCUCUGCCAUUAAAGCCAAGGCUGGUUAGGGAACAGGAAGCCUGAGUGUCUUCUCUCCACCACCUCUUCCCUGUGCUGUUACACGGUGUCAUUGUUGAUGUUAAAUUAAAGUAACGUUAUUGUUUCUCUCCAAA